AUGCGAAGCCAUUUUUUUCUCUCGUGGCCACUGCCCUCCGUCCUGCUGUGGCUGCUGUUGGCGCCAUGGCCCAGCCGCGCCCAGGCGCUCUCUGCCGCGGUCCCCUCGGAGCCCACCGGCGCUCCGGCCUGUCCCGAGGCGUGUGCGUGUGCGCCGGGCGGCAAGGCCAACUGCUCGGCGCGCGCGCUGCCCGCCGUCCCCGUUGGCCUGAGUCGGCGCGUGCGCGCGCUGCUGCUGGACCACAACCGUGUGCGAGCGCUGCCGCCCGGCGCCUUCGCGGACGCAGGCGCGCUGUUGAGCCUGGACCUGCGCGAGAACGGGCUGAGCGCCAUGCACGCGCGUGCCUUCUGGGGCCUGGGCGCGCUGCAGCGGCUCGACCUCGGCUCCAACCUGCUGGAGGCACUGGCGCCCGGUACCUUCGCGCCGCUACGCGCGCUGCGUGUCCUCUCGCUAGCUGACAACCGCCUGGCGCGCCUGGAGCCUGCGGCGUUGGGCGCGCUCCCGCUGUUGCGCGCUCUGAACCUCCAGGACAACGCGCUGGCGGCGCUCGGGCCGGGCCUGCUGGCCACUUUGCCCGCCCUCGAUUCGCUCCGUCUGCGAGGUAACCCCUGGGCUUGCGGCUGUGCGCUGCGCCCUCUCUGUGGCUGGCUGCGCCAGCACCCGCGACCCCCAGAGGCGGAAACCCUCUUGUGCGUGUUCCCGGGGCGCUUGACGCUCAGACCCCUGACCACCUUCACCGAAGCCUCCUUCAGCCACUGCGCGCAGCCCCUGGCCCUGCGGGACCUGGCUGUGGUCUACGUGCUGGGACCCUUCUCCUUCCUCGCCAGUCUGGCCGCCUGCCUGGCGCUGGGCUCCAUACUCACCGCGUGCAGCGCCUACCGCCGCCGCCGCCGCCAUCGCGGCGGCACCCGCCGCCCGCGCAAGGGGCCGCCAGACCCGGAGCCCGCCGUCCAGCCCGCGGACCCUGAGAGUCCCGCCGCCGCCCAAGCCUGA